AUGUCUGUCAUGGAGUGGACGUCGUCAGACAUGGGUGAGAGCAAAGAUGUCUCUACGCCUAUCGACAAUCAUCCCACAUCCAAAUUCGUCGCAAACUCAUCGACGGCCGCAAAGAAGAUCCUGUACCAUGCCCACACAUUAGUCCUCUUCACGUGCGACAACCUCAAAGACGUGGUCAUCCCUCCCGCAGUUUUCGGCGUGCUCGCCACUCUAUCCGGCCCAGCUUUGGAUUUACCACCCCAAGACGGUCUCGCGGUGUUGCGAAGAGUACCAACAACGUUGACAUGGCUUUGGCUGAUGCUAUUGCCAUGCUGCCUGCAAAAUCAGCGUCAUGAAUCCUCGCUCCAAGAAGACACAAUCAACAAGCCCUGGCGUCCAAUCCCAACAGGAAGGAUCAACACAGCGCAGACUACAAUCCUGAUGAUUGCUGCGUACCUGGCACUUGCACUUGUCAGUUACCAGUUCAACGUAGUGCUAAUCUACGUCGCAUGGGUUGUCUUCAACACCUUGUACCACGAUAUGGGCGGAAGCGACUACAGCGGCAUCUCGCGCAAUGCCAUCUGUGCUCUUGGCCUCAUCUGCCCUUUCAGCGGCGCCCUGAGCAUUGCCCUCGGCCCGGAUACUACGAUGAGCUACGCAGCAUGGCAAUGGAUCUUUCUGGUCACACUUGGUAUCAUCGGCACAACGAUUCAUGCCCAAGACUUUCGCGACGAAGCCGGCGAUCGAGCCCGUGGCCGGCGUACCAUCCCAAUUGAGUUGGGUAGAAGACGUGCGCUGUGGUCUGUUGUGGUGGCCGUCGUUUUCUGGACAUUUUAUGCACCGCUAGUCUUCUUGGGUACUCGCUGA